AUGAGAGAUUAUAAAAUACUUAAGAUUAUUCACUUGACAAAAGGAUGGAAUUAUUACAGGAAUUAUCUUGGAUUCUUUAUUAUAGGAACAAUAAAUAAUAUUAACUUUGUUGUUGUUAAUUCAUCAGCAAGUAGUUUAUGUUCAUUUUUUAAAGCAGACAAAUGGAAUCCAUUAAUAUUAUGGUGUAAUGUAUUUGCAGGGUUAAUACUAAGAAUAUUUAAUAUGUUAUUUUUAUAUAAAAUACCUAUCAAAAUUCGAUUAUUAUUUUCUACAAUUUUUAAUUUAAUUGGAUUAUUUGGAAUAGUUUUAUGUAUUUUACUUCAAGAGUAUACCCAAACAACUUCAUUUAUAUUUUUUGGAUUAUGUCUUUGUAUGAUUCUGAUUAUUGGAGGAGUUCAAUCAUUUGCAGAAUCUAUUAUCUUAUCAUAUUCUGGUAGAUUUCCACCUGAAAUGGUUAAUGGAUGGUCAAGUGGAACAGGAUUUGCUGGAGUAGCUGGAAGUGGAUUGUAUUUAUUUUUUACUGGAUUAAACAUCUCAAAUACUAUUAGUUUUAUUUGUUUAACACCUCUCUGUGUUAUUUAUGCAAUUAUCUUCUUCUUUAUGAUUAAACCAGAAAAUAAUACAAAUGAGGAACAACAAAGAUUGAUAAGUGAUACUAACAAUGAUAGAAAUCAAGAAAAAGAGAACAAUGAAUAUGAUAACAUUAAAGAAGAAAUAAAAAAUGAAUUAAAUUUAAUGAUUGAUGAACAAAAAGAAGAAGGAACAUUCUUAGAAAAGUUAAAAAGUGGAAUUAAAAUGACAUGGUGGUUAGGAAUUAAUCUCACAUUGAUUUAUUUUUUUGAAUAUAUUAUUAAUCCUGGUGCUAUCUAUGUAGCAUUUAACAAAGAAGAAUCAGAAGAAACCAAUAACUUUUUUAUUAAAAAUUUUUAUGAAGUUCUUGCAUUUUGUUAUCAAUUAGGAGUUUUUAUAUCUCGAAGUUCAUUACCAUUAUUUAAAAUUAAACCAGUUUGGAUAUUAACAAUGAUCCAAUGCAUUUUAUGUAUUUUUAUGUCAAUUCAAGGUAACUUACAUUUUAUGUAUGAUGAAUGGGGUAUUUGGUUAAUGAUAAUCAUUAUGUUAAUUGUUGGGUUGAUUGGUGGAAGUGGUUAUGUUCAAGUAAUGUAUUGGAUUUUAACUAAACAAAUGAAAAAAGAACAACGAGAAAUGGGAAUUAGUUUUGUUACAAUAUUAAAUACAUUAGCAGUAUUAACUUCUUCAUUAAUAUCAUUAUUAUUGAAUGAAACUUUAUGGAAAACUAAUUUUGAUUAA